AUGUAUAUUAAAUAUAAUAAAAAAGAUUAUGAAGUAGAAGUAAGUGAUGGAGAUGAAGAUGGUGAUAAUAAAGAUGAUAGUAGUAAUGAAGGAGACGACGAUAUAGAAAAGAUAGAUUCUAUUAAAGAAGAUAUGGUAGAAAAUGUAGAUUCUAGUAGUAAAGAAGCUGGUGGUGAAAUAGAUUCUGAAGAUGAUAAAGAAGUAAUACAUUAUAGUAAUAUAGUUUCUAGCAGUGAAAAAGGUGGUGGUGUUGAAGAAGAAGAAGAAGAAGAUUCUGAAAAUGGUAAAAUAGAUUCUAGUAAUAUAGUUUCUAGCAGUGAAAAAGGUGGUGGUGUUGAAGAAGAAGAAGAAGAUUCUGAAAAUGGUGGUGGCGGUGAAGAAGAAAAAGAAGAUUCUGAAAAUGGUAAAGAAGUAAUAGAUUCUAGUAAUAAAGUAAGUGAAGAAGAUUAUGGUGAUAAACGAGAUAUUGAUUCUGACAUAGAAGAAAUAAAAUUAGAAGAUUCUAGUGUCGGUGUCAAUAAU